AUGACUGAAUUUAUAGCUUACAUUUUUAAAGAAGAUGUUCAAAAGCUUCAAAGCGAGGCCGGUUCCGCUCAUCGAAAAAGUGGAAGUUUGUUCGGUCAGUGGACGAGCACGGGUAACCCUGUAGUACAAUAUGUAGUACCUUCGGCUGUCCAUGGAGCUGACUCUGAGAGAUAUGGUAAAAAGCUUUGGGAAGGCUACAGGGUGUGCCACAUUGGAGAGUGGCGAUCAGUUAGAUCCUGCGGACAACAGACUGUUCAGGGUGCUAGAGGACAUCUUUCAACAAAUUUUAAAGGUGGAAAACCUGAAAGAUUUCUAGUUCUUGAUGUGGAAGUAAAUGACAUAAAGCCUUAUCUAUUUGAGGGCGAGAAUCAAGGGAGAAGAGGAAAAUUGGAACGCCUCGAUGGCGCAAACCCAUUUAAUCGCCCCGAUGUUGAUCCUCAGCAACCAACAGGACAACAUUUCCGUCAGCCAUCGCAUCACAAAGGACAAUCCACCGCAGCACAAGGAGGGGAUAGGUCUCAGUUCCAACCACGUCCUCAGCUGCAACCAGCAACUACAAGAAACUAUCAGUGGUACUCUGGUUCAAUGGAAAAUGGAACAUUUGAAAAGAUCUUAAAUGAUUUCAAGAGGAUCGCCUAUCAGGGAAAAGUGGAAAUUACCCGAGACAAAACAACCGAAGACCUCUCCAUGGCGUUCAAAGACAAGCGUCACUUUAAGAAGUGGCAGGUCGAUUUUCCAUACAAUUUUCCCUAUGCGGGAGCACUUCUGAUUGAAGAUUUAGAAUCGCGAAGUAAAUGCAAGAAGCAUCGGCAGGUUACUAAUGGCGACCAAAUCCAGGCUGUAAGGAAAAUGACUCACUAUAUCGAACGGCCAUUUCUUCCUGGAAGUUGA